UUUAACCAUUAGGGGGCGCUCCUAAUCAAACCGGAACUGCAGCACCUUAUAGCUUGAAAGGAGAAGAAGUCUCUCCCCCCCCUCGACUUUGACGUUUAGCCAAAGCGACCGUUUGACCUUCUAACUGUAGCGCGAUAAACUGAAAUAUGCUUGCGGGUGCCAUUAGGAGAUGGUGGGCCCAAAUGGGCCCUUACUACACUAAGACGUACAGGGAUGUAUAUAUUGGAGUUGGCAUAAUGGCUGUCAUUUAUUAUAGAAUUUCCUACGGGGGGAAGAAGGAGGCAGCAGUGACAAACAAGCCUUCUCACUGACCUUCCUACCAUCCUGUUCACCUGUGAUAUACCUGUCUCAUCAAUCCCAAAGUCCAACUUUAUGUUUGAAUUUCAUUAAUAUGGAUCAAAUAAAAUUAUUGUCCUCAA